AUCCCUGACAGGUGCUGUUGGCAGCAGCCGUCUGCACAAAAGCAGGAAAAGCUAUAGUCUCUCGACAGUUUGUAGAAAUGACCCGGACUCGAAUUGAGGGGUUGCUAGCAGCUUUCCCUAAGCUUAUGAACACUGGAAAGCAACAUACAUUUGUUGAAACAGAGAGUGUAAGAUACGUCUAUCAACCCAUGGAGAAGCUGUACAUGGUUCUGAUCACCACCAAAAAUAGUAACAUCCUGGAGGAUCUGGAGACCCUACGGCUCUUCUCUAGAGUGAUCCCUGAGUAUUGCCGAGCCUUAGAAGAAAAUGAGAUAUCUGAGCACUGCUUUGACCUUAUUUUUGCCUUUGAUGAGAUUGUUGCCCUGGGUUACCGAGAGAAUGUCAACCUGGCACAGAUCCGGACUUUCACAGAAAUGGACUCUCAUGAGGAGAAGGUGUUCCGAGCAGUUCGAGAGACUCAGGAGCGUGAAGCCAAGGCUGAAAUGAGGCGUAAAGCAAAGGAAUUACAACAGGCUCGAAGAGAUGCUGAGAGACAAGGCAAAAAAGCACCAGGCUUUGGAGGAUUUGGAAGCUCAGCAGUUUCUGGUGGCAGCACAGCUGCCAUGAUCACAGAGACUAUCAUUGAAACAGAAAAAACAAAAGUGGCACCUGCACCAGCCAGGCCUUCAGGUCCAAGCAAGGCUUUGAAACUUGGAGCCAAAGGGAAAGAAGUAGACAAUUUUGUGGACAAACUGAAAUCUGAAGGUGAAACCAUUAUGUCCUCCAAUUCAGGCAAGCGUACAUCUGAAGCAGCCAAAGUGCUCACUCCACCUAUUAACAUGGAAAG